AUGUCUAGAAAUAUUAUUAAUUGUGUAUUCCUACUGCAUACCUUUGUUUGGUUGGUAUUGGGGUAUGAUAUCAAGCAAAUACCAAACACAUUUGUUUAUAAUGGGCAAAUUGCUGAUUUUGGAGAUUUUGAUGGUAACGGGCAACUUGACGCUAUAACGUACCACCAAAAAGGAAAUGAUGCAACUAUAUGCGUAUUUAAGGUGUCCAACAGAUCCGAUAAACCUGUAAUUCUAGCCACAGCCCAUUUGCAAGGGAAUGUCGCUGGGGCGGUAGGAGUUGAUAUAAACCUCGAUAGCGCUCUGGAUGUUCUAGUUAUUAUAGAGGAAUCGAAACAUAAAUACCGUUUGCUAACGUUUUACCAAGAAAAAAAAUCGGGUCUAUUAGUUCAAGGAUGGGAUUCAACCAAAGAGACAAAUGGUCAUAAUCAGAAGAAGGAACAAUCCAAUGAUCGGGAUUCACAAUUGGGAACACUAAUGAAGCGCGGUGAAUAUGAAUAUAGCUCUAUACAUCCAUUAGUAUUGGACAUCAACGGUGAUGGAUUUGUGGAUUUGUUCUGCCAAACCGAAGACAAGAGGCUUUUUGUUUGGACUAAUUAUGGGGGUGCGUUUUUACCUUACCUGCUUGAAAAUGUUCCAUCUUGUUAUUUUGAAGGUACGCGUGAAGGAUAUGUCCCGUCCCCACACUCUUCUGCUUUUGUCGACAUCAACGGUGAUUGCAGAGCCGACUUGAUCCUUUUGGUUCAACAUGAAAACAAACGAUAUCUGCAGAUCUGGGAAACUGAAGCCGACAACAAUCGCAUGAAGUAUAUAAGAAACCCUAACAAGGAUAUUGUAUUACCCACUAACCACGGCCAAGUAUCUUUUGCCGAUUUCAACGGUGAUGGCACGAUUGACAUAGUAGUCCCUUAUUGUAACCAACUGAACGCAGAGAGAUCGUGCAUUCAAGGAAGCCGCAUAUUCAUAACAUUCAAUCAUCAGAAACCGUUCUGUUCAUACAUCUGGAACAACCCAAAUAGUGACAUGUGUAGAAAAGCUACAGAACUGUGCACGAAGUCUGACUUCGCAUUUCAUCCAGUGGAUGGUUUAUCAUCAGUAGAUAUAUCGCUACCUGUCAAUGUCGGAUUUAAGGAUAGCGAAGGGCAACUUAUGUCAGUAUCUCUGGGGGACCUUAACAACAACGGUUAUCCAGAUGUCAUCGUAUUAGGAUGGAAUCUGGCCACGUUGCAACCAGUAGUCUGCGUAUACAGAAAUGUGGAAAAUAAUGAGUCUUCUGUUGUUAAUGCAAGAAGUUUUGUGCAGUCAGCUAUAAUUGAAGUUACUGAGCCAGAUAUUCGAUAUAUUCGCGUAGCUGCAGUCGACCUUUUCGAGGACGGCAUUACAGAAGUUGGGAUUUUCACGUCAAAGGUAUCCAUUGGCAACGAUAGCAUUGCUAGAUUUUAUACGACGGUAAAUGAGAAGAUAGGCCUAUUUAUGAAAGCAAUGGUGAGGGGGGUGGCGGAAAAUGAGACGCCGUCUUCAGUAAACGUGUUGUCUACCGGGUCGAAUGUAAAUGGGGCUGUAUUCAAGAUUACGGUAAUUGAUGUAUACGGAGCCAAAUCACCUAGGUGCUCGACUAUUCGGCCACAGUCUGCGCAUUCACCAUUAUUACCGCCUUAUUCUAUGUUCGGACUGGGCAAAACAAACAACUAUGUGGAAGAGUUUUACCUUGGCAUGCCGAGCACAUCCAAGAGCUACAGCAAUAUGUGGAUUUCGAUUAUUCCUAACUGCAGCGUCAUAGCGAUUCCGCACCGCCUGUUAUAUCCAAAUGAGUGGACUCUGAAGUUAUCGUUAAGUCCAUCCAAGGAUAUAUAUAAAAUCCUUGUAGCUACACUAAUUUGCCUAGUCAGCCUAGGAGUUAUCAUUGUCGGAUUUGAUAUAAAGGAGAAACGCGAGGACUCGGAGCAAGAAAAAGGAUUUCGUCAAAAAUUUAUCAUUAAUUAA